AUGGCUUACCUGCAUGGAAAGAAACAGAGCUCAUUCGGCGACACGGUACUAGAAGUUCUAAGCGUUGCUUCCACCUUAUGGCCAAUUCUGUUUGCUGCUGUCCUGGGACCAUUACUAAAAUCUAUCGCACUCUUCCGUGCUGAAAGAGGAUCGAGGCUAGGCUCCCUAGAGUUCCUCUUAACCAGUCAGACCACGGCUUCUGCCCUGAAGAACAUCCUUACGAUGGGUUGGAUUGGUAGUUGGGCUAUUGGUGUAAUUGCUAUAUGGUCCCUAAGUCCUUUAGGAGGCCAAGCCGCACUCCGCUCAUUGGGUCUCCAGCAAAAUCCUAUUUCCACCAAGACGCCAGCAACAUACUACCUGGGGAAUAACAGAAGCCUGGUUCAACUGUACUAUCGCACUGGAGCGGGUGUUUUCCAGGGAGUAGUUGACGAACGAUAUCUCAUAACUGACAUGAGAACCGUUCUCUCUGCCUCUUUUUUGACACAGGAUGUCCGAGUCUCUCAUGCCAACACAAGUAGCCCACGCUACAAUGAAACGGUAACUGGCCUUGGAGGAAAGUGGGAAGCAUCUCGCAAAGGACGUAUGGAUCUAUGGGGAAACAUUCGGAUUCCUUUUCUGGAACUCUUACCAGGAUACGACAGCGAUGAACCAAAUGCCUGGAUAUCUGUCCCCGAAGAUGAAGUCGUCCCUUACGCAUCUCUCAUUGGACUUCCCAUUAGAGGUGGAUCAUUUGAAGGACCAGGAAACUCAACCAUGACAGUUCAUUUCCAUUACCAGACUCUGUCGUGCGGAGAAGCGUUCAACGGGAGUGAAUGGGUCAGAAACGGUUCCAAGGCAUUAUGGUUGCACAACACCAGUUCCAGUAUCCCCUUAAGUCUACAAUUCAAGGGUGAAGCAGACUUGCUGAUGAGAUUUUCGAGAACGGGAUACCCCAAUAUUUGGUUCGACUUCCUUAAUAGUUCGGCAAUAGCGGAGCACUUCGCGUCAUCCGAACUGGAACCACAGUCAAAAAUGCAGCUUGUGAUGGGAGGCGAAUGCAGCUAUGCUACAGCCACUAAAGGUGUAAAGAGACCUACGCCCAUUUUAAGGAUUUGCGAUGUUAGCACCUCGUACAUCGACAUGGAAGUGGGUUGCAGUAGAACCACAAUCGAUACCGACCUUGCAUGCCUGGCCAAACGGGCUAGACAUACACCAUCAUACCCUGUCAAAGGGAACUUGACAGCCCUUUCAAGCUACAGGUUAUCUCGGGGAGUUCUGUCAGAGCUACCAUUCAUAGGCGCAAGCCAACAUGCUCACAAACCCAGCAUCCUAGAGCUGUAUCUGAGGGAUCCCUGGUGGAUCUUCCAGCGUAGCGGAGGAGCAUACAUAGAUGAUCCCUUUGGCACGCAGAAGACAGGCAUUGAUGAUCCCUAUGGCAGGGAGAAGCUUGGAUGCUUCGCGCCAGUUCCACCAGAGGUGAUCGAGGGGAGACUCGCGACUGCCCUCAACACUAUUAUUAUGUCAAGUUAUGAAGUAAAUGUGUUGACUGGUGGCAAGGGAGCGGCUUCUGCCAAUGCGACAGUGCCAUGGCAGAAUACUACAGCAACAUGGACGGAAUUCGACAAGGAUAUAUACAAGCUGCACAAGCCGUGGUUCAUCACGACUAGUAUGUCGACGGCAAUACUGCUCAUUUGCGUAAUUGCCAACAUCGUCAUCCGUCAACGUAUCAGAGCUCCGGACUUUCUGAAUAGCUUGGCUGGUUUGACGAGAGACUCUCCAUUUAUAGAUGUACCUCAAGACGGAAGUGGAAAGAGUGGCUCAGAUCGCUUGGAAACGAUCAAGAAUGUCAAGGUUCGGAUUUCUGAUGUCAAUCCGGAUGAGGAGGUUGGAAAGAUUGCGUUGACGACUGAACUAAAGGGCCCAAAGCUGAGAUGGGAGCGGAUCUAUGCUUAG